AUGAGCGAGCAGCCCAAAAAAGAAGAAACGAAAUCGGCUAGGCCGAUGAAUCCUCCGCCAUAUUCCCCGGAAAUAUUGGAUAAUCUCUCAAAGUAUUCGAUUGUUUCAUUGACUUAUAUUGGUCGAGAAUUAGUGCAAGAAUUAUUGCUCAGGACAUAUACACUAAUGACAAUUCUAACGAAAUCGGCCGAUCGUUGGCAUCAGCAGCAGGGCGUAAGCGACCCGGAACAACUUCUUGCCUACUGCGAAUACAUUCUGUCGAAAAUAACGGAAAUAAGACUACGCAUUGACAGUGUACCAAAGGAGAAGGAAAUUUCGGAGGACGAAUUCCUUGCAAUGAUGGCCGAUCCAACUCCACCUCAGAAACCUCCGGAACUGGCGGCAAAGGAAAAAACAUUUGAAUUGCAACGUCAGAAAUUGGUGAAAUUGAACACAGCGCUGAAGACCAUGGACUGGAUUGCCAUGGCCUCAGACCCACGUAUACUGAAGAAACCAGACAAGAGUGGAUGCUAG